AUGGCAUGCGAGGUUAUAAAUUCAUGGACAUUCACUGGCCUAGUGGGCGCUUUCCUCGAUCUUUUCAUAGCUUAUACAUUACUUUGUGGAUCAGCCGUUGCUUAUUUCGCUUCAAAAAUUCUGGGUUUAUUUGGGCUAUCCUUGCCUUGUCCUUGUAAUGGAUUUUUUGGGUACCGAUACAAUAACAUUUGUGUCCAAUCCAAGCUAUUGAACGACCCAUCAAUUAAAAUUUCAUCUGUUCAAUCAUCUGCUAUGAGAAAGAUCCCCUUUGAUUCGAUCCGGAACGGUUUUCAUCGAGGAGGAGGAGAAGAAGAAGAAGAUGGCAAUUUGGAGAAAUGGCGAAAUUGUGACAUUGAAAUGGGAGGGGGGGAAGCCUCUUCUAGUUCAUGGCAUGAGAAAGGGAGCUUUGUGUCGAUUCCUAUGGGGCCUUUGGGUGGUCUUAGGAGGCGUGAGAAAUCUACUAAUGAUUUUGAUGGGAAGUCGUCGUUUUUGUAUGAUCCUUUUGUUGGUUCGAAUUUGAAUUCUUCUGCUGGUGUUGGUGGUAAGCUUGAGACCAUGGCUAGCACCACUUCGAUUCAUUCUGAAGAUGGCAAGGAAAGCUUGAAAGAGCUUAAACAACGUUCUCCUCUGAUUUUCGAAAUCGUUGAUGAACCUUUUGCCGUGGCUAAGAAGGAAUUAGCGGUGGUUGAGUCCCAGUGCGCCGGCGACGAUAAAAACGCGAUUCGAGUCUUAGAACAAGCUCUGGACGAAGAGCAUGCCGGUCGUACUGCUCUGUACUCGGAGCUCGAGAAGGAGAGAAUAGCUGCUUCUACUGCUGCGGAUGAGGCUAUGGCAAUGAUACUGCGCUUGCAAGAGGAGAAGGCGGCCAUGGAAAUGGAAGCUAAGCAAUAUCAGAGGAUGAUUGAAGAAAAAGCUGCGUUUGAUGCUGAAGAAAUGAACAUUCUGAAAGAGAUUUUAUUAAGAAGAGAAAGGGAAAAACUUUUCUUGGAGAAGGAAGUCGAAGCUUACAAGAAGAUGUUCUUCGACAAAGAUCAAUCGGAUACCGAUGUAUACGACAUGGCAGCUUCACAGGAACAAAUGACUUCAUAUGAGGAGCCAGUGUUAAUGUUGGAGCAGUUCCCUCAAUCUAUCCUGUCAUCGAAUCAGUCUCUCGAUUUUGGGAAACAGUUACUGAUUCCAGUACUCGGUGAAGAAGCAGGCUCUAUGAGUUCUACCAUUGAAAAAGAGCACAAACAUCCAUCGAAAAACGAUAACGAGAAUCUGUUAGACGAAGAGAUAAUCCAACCACUGGUGGAUUCUGGUAUCGGUCGAAAUAUCCUCGAUGUUCAUGUCGUUAAUGAAGAUAGCGAAAACAGAAAGGACAACAAAUCAGUUACCUCAACCAUUGAUGGACUAGAAACUGAACCGUGUAGGAAAAGAAACAGUUCAGACAGAUCUGGUGGGUUGCCACCACUUGAUCCUUCACGAGUCAAAUCUUUACCUUCGAUUUCUCGUCGAAAUUCCAUGUCUUCUUUCGAUUAUGAAAAGUAUAAAAUCGACAAUGAAGUCGGGUUGCUUAGAGAAAGGCUGAGGAUCAUACAGCAUGGAAGAGAAAAGCUCAACAUCCCUACAUGCCUCAAGGAAAGGGAACAAUCUCAGAUGCAACUAAUGGAAAAUAUUGCAAGUCAACUUCAAGAGAUUCGACAAUUAUCUGUCCCCGGGAAGGCUUUGCGGCAGGCAUCUUUGCCCCCUCCAUCCUCUAAGGUUAUGUCAAAGAAAAGACAUCGACAAGCUGCUCCUUUAGGAGCGAUGAAAAGCCUUUGAAGGAGAGAAAGGCACUGACAGAAUUCAAUAAAUCGGAUGAGCUAGAUAAUUUGAUUGGUCGGAUCCAUUU